CCAAGGCUGAUCCAGUGACACCGACUCGGAUCUCAUACAUACCGGAACUCCCUCAUCAUUAUGGCCCUCACCAGCACCCACCAACGAUGUCCAUCCGCCCAGAGUCGACUAUUAUAUUCAUCUGCGAUAUGCAGAAUAAGUUUCGACCAGCGAUACAUGGAUAUGACCAAGUCGUACCUACCGUCAACAAAAUGCUCAAGAUCGCAAAGAUUGUGGGUUGUGAAGUCCUCGUAACGACGCAGAACUGCAAAGCGCUGGGCCCAACAGACCCAGCCAUCGACCUCGUUUCCCUAGGGAGUCUCCACGUCGGGACAGCCGACAAGACGCUAUUCUCAAUGCUCACUCCCGAGGUGAACAACGUGCUCCUCUCGAGGCCCCACAUCAAGACCGUCGUGCUUAUGGGUAUCGAGGCCCACAUUUGCAUCCUCCAAACCGCCCUCGGUCUCCUCGAAGGACAUAAAUUCAAGGUAUACAUCCUUGCGGAUGGGGUAGCUUCGAGCCACCCAACGGAGAUGAACAUCGCGCUGGAUAGGCUGCGCCAUGAGGGCGUGGUGGUUAGUACGAGUGAGAGCAGCGGCGUUUGAGUUGAUUGGGGAUGCCAAGGUGGAG